AUGCUACGUAACCAGAAAAUGCUGCAGAAUACUUCCGCUAUUCGGAUAACGCGUCUUGCAAGGGAGCGAGCGUCUCUGAUAUCUUUGCCAUAUAGAAGGAACUAUUCGUUUAAAUCAUUGAAACCCGUUGAAUUGGAUUACACCGAAUCCAUACCAUCUGACUGUAAUAGAACCGAAGGUGCGCUCGUUCUGGUGCAUGGACUACUUGGGUUCAAGAGAAAUUGGAGCACCUUAUCGAAGGCCUUUUCACGCGACUUGAAACGCCCGGUUUAUGCUCUGGAUAUGCGUAAUCAUGGAACGUCACCGCAUGCAGAACCCAUGGACUACCUUCAUAUGGCUGCAGAUAUUCUUCAAUUCAUCGAGAAACUUGGGUUGUCGAAGAUUUCAUUGUUGGGUCAUUCGAUGGGUGGAAAAGCUGCUAUGACUCUUGCUCUGGAUAAGAAUCUGCCCUCUGGACUACUCGAAAAUCUGAUAGUCGUAGACAUCUCGCCUAUCAAAGGAAAAGUCUCUAGAACUACCAUCUCGUACAUUGAAGCUAUGAGACGUAUCGAAGCUUUGAACUUGACCGGGCCGAACGCCAGGAAGGAAGCCGAUAAACUGUUGGUCGAUGUUGAAAAGGAUCCGUCGACUCGAGCCUUUCUGCUUUCAACUUUAAACUCUCCUUCAUCCGACUCGGAGUCAGCACGCUUUCGCGUACCAUUAGAUAUCCUAAGCAAUUCGAUUCCGGAUAUUGGCUCGUUUCCGUACGAUCCAGGCGAAGCGACAUAUACAGGAAGAACACUUUUAUUAAAAGGUGGGAAGGGCAGAUUCGUGAACGACGAUAAUAUUUCAAUCUUCCGCCGCUUUUUCCCCAACUCAAGGCUCGAAAUUCUAGAUACGGGUCAUUGGGGUAAGUAG